UGAUAGACUUCACCAUGGGCAUCCAAAUGAACUUGAGGUGCAUUUUGCAAAAGAAUGUGAAGAUGAAAACCUUGAUGAUAAAAUAAGAAGCAAAUAUCUUGAAAUUGUGGUUCAGAGACAACUAUCAAAAGAAAAAACUAGUUUAAAAAAUCAAUCAAAAAAACAAAAAAUAAGUAUUAAUGAUUAUUGGGAAAAUGAAAAUCAAUUUUUGGCAAGUUCUAAAAAGGAAGCAAUUGAUCAUACAAUUAUUAAAGCCUUUGCUAUGUGUGGACUUCCAUUUUUCAUAAUUAAGAAUCCAUGGUUUAUCGAUAUACUUAAAUCUUUACAAUCUUCAUAUGUAUCAUCUACUCAUAAAUAUCUUUCUAAUACAUUAUUAAAUGAAGAAGGUGCUUCAAUUUAUAAUUUUUUAAUAAUAACCCCUGAUCAUAAGGAAUUUUUAUAUGCCCUUCGUGAUUUGUCUCAUGUUAGUCAUACAAUGGAUUUACUCUUUAAUGAGAUUGAAAAAAUUUUAAUUAAGAUUGGGCCCGAAAAAUUUAUUGGAGUAAUUUCUGAUAAUGCCUCAGCUAUUGCUGCUGCACAUAGGCAGAUUAAUCAAAAAUAUCCUUCUAUUAUCAAUCUUCAUUGUAUUGUUUAUUUUGUUAAUCUUAUUAGUCAUGAUAUUUUAAAAUGUAAAUUAUCAGCAUAUGAAUUGAAUAUUAGCAGAGGUGGAUUGAAGUUUUUUAUAGAAAUUAGAUGGACAUCUGCGUAUAAACCUGUUAAUUCUGUGUUUAGACUUAAACUUGUAUUAGAAAUGGUGAUUUUUAAUUUAUUAAUUAGCAUAAUUGAUUUUAUGAAUGUUGCAAAGUGUUUUAAACGAUCAUUCGAUGCUAUUACCAACCAAGAUGUACGAAUAAUUUUAAAGUCUCGAGGAUUCUCUCAUGACGUGGAACAAAUAUCCAAAAUUUUUGCUCCAAUUAGAGCUACAAUUUUGUAA